ACACGCAAUGUGGUCAGACGAUUGGCAUUCCGAAAGCCAUGGCCAAGAAGAGUGGAGGUGCGUCGUUACGAUGGCUGUACGCGACUGCGAGGGAUCGUUUUGCAGCGUCAUAUUGCACUGUACUAAACAGACAUGUUGCGGGGCUGUUGACGCAGGAUCGAAGCACAAGGGCAAUGCUGGCAAGAGUAACAAGCCCAAGAAAGGUGGCAUGUUCAAGUCGCUCAAGAAGCAGGAGAAGAGAACUGGCAUGGUAGGAGCGGACAAGAACGAUCCGCAGAGUAAAAAGCGCAAGGCCAAGGUGGCCAAGCGCCCUGCGCCUGUAUCCGACGAGUUCCGCAAUUUUGACGAGCGUAUGGCGGCCAAGAACACGAGGCCAGGUGCUGUGCCCAAAGCUGCUGCGGUGGCUCCUCCGUCAUUCGUGAUGGCAGCUCCUACCUUUCAGUUCAACUCAAACCCUGUGCAGCCAACAUCGGCGCCACGCGAAGUGGAAGGCUUUCAUGGCUUCAUGUCGGCGCUGGAGGCUCCAAAGGAUGCACCAGCAGUGAACCCGAAUCAAAACUCGCGUCAAUCGAAGCCCAUGCAGCCCGAAUACCGUGGCAGUAAUGUCUUUGCAGUGUUGGAUAAUGGCGAUGAAGAGCAGCAGAAGCCACAGACAGCUCCACAACCAUCGCCGGCGUUCAUGCAGCCCGCGACGUUCACAUUCGCGACAGCCAAGCCGACGUUCACGCUGCAGUCUUCGCUCCAGUCGUCACUUCAGUCUUCACUUCGGCAGAGUAUGCAGCCAGCAGCAGUAAAUGCAGUGCAUUCAGAGGAUAUCGAUCCCGACUUAUAGGCGACAAAGAGUUAACGGAGCAGCUAUCCAUGACACCUAUGAAAUGUAUCCAUCUAGCAUCUGUCACUGCUUAUUGUUUACCUCUCAUAUUCUAUACAAAACUUGAAGGUG